AUGGUAUCGUUUGCCUUGAUCUCGUAUAAACUGAGGAAGAACCCAUUUCUGCUGGUAAUUUUGCCAAUUAUUUCGAUUUUGGCUGUUUUCCUGAUAUUUAUUAGAAAUGGUGAACACCCAAUGUUAGGUAUCGAAAAUCUAUCAAUAUCAAAUCACAAGUGGGCACAUGAAGUAGAGAAUACGUGGUAUUUCCCAUUCACCAACAAGUUCAAGAUGCCUAAAUAUUCUUACAAGAGAAAGCAAAGCAAUUGGUUAUUCAAUGAUCAUGUCGAUGAUAUUAUACCUGAAGGCCACAUUGCACACUACGACUUGAACAAAUUACGUUCCACUGCUUAUGCUGCGGUUAACAAGGAACGCGUACUAAUUUUAACACCAAUGCAAACGUUUCAUAAGCAAUAUUGGGAAAAUUUAUUACAAUUAACUUAUCCACGCGAAUUGAUCGAACUAGGAUUCAUUAUACCAAGAACCAAGACAGGGGAAAAUGCCUUGAAGGAGCUAGAGAUAGCAAUUAAGAAAGUUCAAAGUGAUAAGAAGAAUCAAAGAUUUGCCAAGAUUACAAUUUUGAGACAGGAUUCACAAAGUUUUGAUCAGUUAGCGGAAAAAGAUAGACAUAGCAUUUUGGUACAGAAGGAAAGACGUGCUGCUAUGGCUCUAGCCAGAAAUGAGUUACUAUUUUCCACUCUUGGCCCUCAUACUGCAUGGGUCUUAUGGUUAGACGCUGAUAUUAUCGAAACUCCACCAACUGUCAUUCAAGACAUGACUUCUCACGAUAAAUCUGUACUGGCGGCAAAUGUUUACCAAAAAUAUUUUGAUAAUGACGAGAAAAAAAUGGCCAUCAGGCCCUACGAUUUCAAUAACUGGCGAGAAAGUGAUAUUGGACUUGAAAUCGCAGCAAACAUGGAUGAAAAUGAAAUUAUUGUGGAAGGUUAUUCAGAGAUUGCAACGUAUAGACCGUUAAUGGCACAUUUUUACAAUGCUGAUGGCCAGGUUACGGAUGAAAUGGAGCUUGAUGGUGUUGGAGGGGGAUGUACAUUAGUUAAGGCCGAUGUUCAUAGAGACGGUGCUAUGUUCCCAAAUUUCCCAUUCUACCAUUUGAUUGAAACUGAAGGUUUUGCUAAGAUGGCUAAAAGAUUGAAUUACGGAGUCUUUGGUCUACCAAACUAUUUAGUUUAUCACAUUGAAGAAUUUAAUACCUAA